CCGUGCUUCUCGUCGAGCGACAUGGCGUCGUCUUAAAGCGUAGAGAAGUCGCAGCGGUUUUGUUGACAAGUGGUUAAGAUGGCAGCCGACUCCUCAGACAAAAAGGAUGGAGACUCCUCGGGGACCAAAGACCGAGAUCGGAAGCGCAGCCGUUCACGAGACCGCGAUCGUAAAGUUUCACCAUCCCGCAAACGGCAUCGGUCACGUGAACGAAACCGUUCCAAAUCUCCAGAUAGAGACCGACGACUGAAAGACAGAGACAAGGACCGUGACAGAGACAAGGACAGAGACAGGAGUCGUAAGGACAGAGACAGCCAUCGGCGUGAUAAAGAUCGCCCCAAGAGGUCCAGAAGCUCCUCGCCAAAGUCAAGGGACGCGAGGCUGAAGAGAGAGAAGGAUAUAAAGGCAGAGGAAGAGGAAGAUGAUAAAAAGAAGAAAGAGAAGGUCCAGCCGCUGUCUUUGGAGGAGCUUCUGGCCAAGAAGAAAGCAGAGGAGGAGGCAGAAGCAAAGCCAAAAUUCCUCUCCAAAGAGGAGCGAGAAGCCGAGGCGCUGAAGCGCCGAGAGCAGCAGACCGAAGAGAGGCGGAGGAUGCUGGACGAGGAGAGGAAGAAGAGGAGGAUGUUUCAGGACAUCGGGAGGAAAAUGCUGGAGGACCCGCAGGAGAGGGAGAGGCGAGAGCGCAGGGAGCGGAUGGAGCGAGAGAGCAACGGCAACGAAGAAGACGACGGACGGCAGAAGCUCAGAGAGGAGAAGGAUAAAAGCAAAGAGCUGGUUGCCAUUAAAGAGCGUUAUCUGGGCGGGCUCAAAAAGCGCCGGAGGACUCGUCACCUGAACGACAGGAAGUUCGUGUUCGAGUGGGACGCCUCCGAGGACACUUCAGUCGACUACAACCCCAUUUACAAAGAGAAACAUCAGGUGCAGCUGUACGGCCGAGGCUUCAUCGCCGGCAUCGACCUGAAGCAGCAGAAAAGAGAGCAGUCGCGUUUUUACGGCGACCUGAUGGAGAAGAGGCGAACACUGGAAGAGAAGGAGCAGGAGGAGACGAGACUGAAGAAAAUGCGUAAGAAGGAGGCGAAGCAGCGCUGGGACGACAGACACUGGUCCCAGAAGAAGCUGGACGAGAUGACCGACAGAGACUGGCGAAUCUUCAGGGAGGACUACAGCAUCACCACCAAGGGAGGGAAGAUCCCCAACCCCAUCAGGAACUGGAAGGAGUACGCGCUGCCCGCACACAUCCUGGAGGUCAUCGACAAGUGUGGCUACAAGGAUCCGACUCCCAUCCAGAGGCAGGCCAUUCCUAUUGGUUUACAGAACCGCGACAUCAUCGGCGUGGCUGAGACCGGCAGCGGUAAAACGGCCGCCUUCCUGAUCCCACUGCUGGUCUGGAUCACCACACUGCCAAAAAUCGACCGGAUCGAAGACUCGGACCAGGGUCCGUACGCCGUGAUCUUGGCGCCGACUCGUGAGUUGGCGCAGCAGAUUGAAGAGGAAACGAUCAAGUUUGGCAAACCGCUGGGCAUUCGGACGGUGGCCGUCAUCGGAGGAAUCUCCAGAGAGGACCAGGGCUUCCGCCUGAGGAUGGGCUGCGAGAUCGUCAUCGCCACCCCCGGGCGUCUGAUCGACGUGCUGGAGAACCGGUACCUGGUCCUGGGCCGCUGCACCUACGUGGUCCUGGACGAGGCCGAUCGCAUGAUCGACAUGGGCUUCGAGCCCGACGUCCAGAAGAUCCUGGAGUACAUCCCCGUGACCAACCAGAAGCCGGACACCGACGAGGCCGAGGACCCCGAGAAGAUGACCAUGAACUUUGAGUCCGGGAAACACAAAUACAGACAAACCGUCAUGUUCACCGCCACCAUGCCGCCCGCCGUGGAGAGGCUGGCCAGGAGCUACCUGAGGCGCCCGGCCGUGGUGUACAUCGGCUCGGCUGGAAAGCCGCACGAGAGAGUGGAGCAGAAGGUCCUGCUGAUGUCGGAGGGAGAGAAGAGGAAGAAGCUCCUGGAGGUUUUGUCGCACGGCUUCGAGCCGCCCAUCAUCAUCUUCGUCAACCAGAAGAAAGGCUGCGACGUGCUGGCCAAGUCUCUGGAGAAGAUGGGGUACAAUGCUUGCACGCUGCACGGUGGAAAAGGCCAGGAGCAGAGAGAGUUUGCUCUCUCCAACCUCAAAGCCGGAGCCAAAGACAUCCUGGUGGCCACUGACGUCGCCGGCCGAGGUAUCGACAUCCAGGACGUCUCCAUGGUCAUUAACUACGACAUGGCCAAGAACAUCGAGGACUACAUCCAUCGUAUCGGCCGUACGGGCCGUGCUGGUAAGAGCGGCGUGGCCAUGACGUUCCUCACCAAGGAGGACUCGGCGGUGUUCUACGACCUGAAGCAGGCCAUCCUGGAGAGCCCGGUCUCCACCUGCCCCCCCGAGCUGGCCAACCACCCCGACGCUCAGCACAAACCCGGAACCAUCCUGACCAAGAAGAGGAGGGAAGAGACCAUCUUCGCCUAGACUGUCCGAUCCUGCCGCCACCCUACGAGGAGUUUCCUUCUUUUUCCUGUUUUACAUCCAGGAUUUGGUUUCUCAGGAUAUUUGCAUCAGUUUCUGUUAUUUUUUAAAAUGCCAAUUCUUGUAUAGAGAAGGACCGCAAACAUCAUUCAUCCAAAAUCCCAUCUCCUCUGUACAACUGUCAGCUUUGGAAAAAGUGAGUUUGGAUGUGUAGAAGUGCUGUGUUGUGCAUUUUUAGUUUUUUUGUCCUAACUUUUCUUCCCGUUGUAAAAGACCAAUGCUCGAGUGACACAUUUUGCAUCCUUUGACAAAACUGUGUUUUAAAUAUAAACAUUUGUAUGAAGUACAUUCUUCAGUUUUUACCGACUAAAAAAAACAGAUAUUUGUAAGUUGACUUCGCUGCAUGAUUAAUUCAUUACACACUUUCUCUAAAAAAAAAAAAGACAAAUUAUGGUUUUCCGUAAUCUCAUGGUGCAAAAAAAAAUUUUUCUUAUGAUUUUGUGCAGUAAGCACUAAAGAGAUGAAUUUCGUGGCAUUGUUUUCCAGUUCCAUGCACGCCGUACGGCAUCACAAGUUCCCAGUGUAGAAUUUUUAAUGCAGCUAAAAGCAAAAGUAGCUACAAACCUUUUAAAUAUAUGCCAAUUAUAGCAAAUUUUCCAUUAAAAAAUUGGAGUAGAUGAGACGUCCAACAUUUUGAAUGAGUUUUUCCCACAUGUGCACAGGAAGAACAUGCAAACCUCGCACAUACAAACACACAUACCAUUUUGACUUGAAGUGACUGGUGUCUGUGCAGCUCCAAAGCGAAAUUGUAAUAAACAAAUGACCCCAACAAAAGUACAUAAAAUGUCAUGUUUAUUUAGUUUUGAAGUCAUAUUUCACUUAGCGUUGUAAAUCUAUUUUCAAAUAGAAAGCAUUCUAUACAGCAUCAGGCAGGAAAUGUCUUAACUUUUUACACAUUUGCUGUCUCUUUUUGAUAAAUAGAAGGGAAGAGGCGUGUCGUGUCACGCUAGCACGCUGUCUGGUGGAUACAUGUUUUAUAUUUAGUGCAGUUAUUGCAUUACAAAGCAACCAUCCCCAAAAAAAAUGAAAGAAAACAAAAAUAAACAUAGUGCAAUUUUUUUUUUUCUACUCACACAAAAGAGGAAGUCCAAAUGGUCUAUAAGGCGUUUAAAGUUUUUCAAUGUUAGGCUUCGUAUUGCAUACAGAAUAAGACAGAGGAAAAGAAAUUAUAACCCUUUGUAAAAAUUGUGCUUCGUCAGUUGCUAAAUUGGUCCGCUUUGAAAAAACAUACUCUGCCAAAAUAUCAUGAAAGUAGCUAAUUGUUGAACUAAGACAUGCAGGGCUCUAAUAAUUCACUCAUUCGUUUUAUGUCAAAUUAAUUAA